AUGGCCGCUGCAGCAGUCUCCAUUCCCAGAACCCCUCCCAAGGUUGUUGGCCCUACUACCAAGGGUCCUACACGACCUACUGAGCAACUGCCUCAGUACAUCGUCGAAGAAGGUCUUAGCUAUGAACCUGUUGAGUUUAAUGCCGCCAAGCACCUCCAGCUUGAAGAUCCAGGCAGGCUGUACACCAUGAGGGAGAUUGGCCUUGAGGGUCAGGGUAUCUCCAAUACAGCUGCUUCGGAGCCCUUUUCUCUUUUCUCCCCAGCGGCCAUCAAGCAAAUGAGGGCCGAGAUUUUCAGCCCUUCGGUCCUAACAAACUGCCAAUACGCUUCUACUUUUGCCACCAAUAUGAUCAGAUGCUAUGGCCCGAAACUUGGCCCAUUUAUCUUCGAUGCCUGGAACAGUCCCGAGGUUCUAGCUCACAUCUCGAAAAUUGCUGGCGUUGAACUCGUCCCUGCCUGCGACUUUGAGACUGGACAUGUCAAUGUGUGGAUCAACAAGGGCGAAGAUGCAACUCCCGGCAAGUCUGCUUUUUCCUGGCACUACGACAGCUACCCAUUCGUCUGCGUCACCAUGCUCUCAGAUUGCACUGGUAUGACUGGUGGAGAGACGGCCAUGCGUACCGGCAAUGGCGAUAUCAUGAAGGUCCGGGGCCCCGCGAUGGGAACCGCUGUCGUCAUGCAGGGUCGAUACAUCGAGCACGCCGCUCUCGCAGCCUCCGGCGUUCCCGAGCGCAUCGCCAUGGUCACCUCGUUCCGCCCCAAGAACCCUCUCAUCCGCGAUGAAACUAUCCUGACCGGAUCCCGCCCCAUCACUCACCGUUCGAUGAUGUACUUCCAGUACAGCCAAUACCGUCUCGAGGUCAUCCGCGACCGCUCGGAUGCGGCCCUCAAGAAGAUCCGCGAGCGCGAACGAUUCGGACGAGAGUUUGAUAUUGAUGCCAUGAGAGAGUAUCUGACUGAGCAGAGGGCUUAUUUGGAGAGUAUGCUUGACGAGUUGGUUUGA